AUGUAACCCCAAAAAUGCAAAGCACGACAAUAAAUGCGAACCCGCUGUUUCCAAACACAGUAUUAAAUGCAGCAGCAGCCUCUGCUCACCUUUCUUCUCUUUCCCUUCACCAAAUGGAUACUCAUCUCCUUCUUCAAUGUCCACCCAUUCCCCUAACUAUCUCACUAACUUAGGCCUCGGCUAUUCCAUCGCCAUCGCCCUCGGUUUCCUCGUCCUCCUCUCCACCGUCCUUCUCGCCUCCUACAUCUGCUGCCGCUCUUCUUCUUCCUCCCCAGGCGCCUUCUCUCCCAACACUACCGCCGCCGCGGCCAACUCCGAUGGAUUCACCCUCCCCAGGAUCAUUUUCGUCGCCGAAGACUACGACAACGACAGCUCCGUCGUGGGACUCGACCAGGCCGUUAUAAACUCUUACCCCAAGUUCCAGUUCAGUAAAGAUCAAUCGUCCGUGACGGAUCCCGGAAACGCUAACGCAACGUUUUCGAUUUGUUUGUGCGAGUACAAAGAUUCGGAGACGUUGAGGAUGAUGCCCGAAUGCAGGCAUCAUUUCCAUGCUCCUUGUAUUGACGCUUGGUUGAAACUCAACGGGUCUUGUCCCGUUUGUCGGAACUCGCCGCUCCCCACUCCGCUGUCUACGCCUUUGUCUGAAGUGGUUCCUUUGUCUCAGUACGCCGCUGAUCGAAGGAGUUGGAGGUGACUUCCUU